UGCUGUCUUGUGACAGACCCGAUAGCAGGAAAACGAUUUUUGAGUUUUCGAAGGAGUUUACGUAAACAACUUUGAAGGUGAUGGUGGACCAGAGAUAACCUCGUAACAAAAAUGAAUUUAAACUGAAUUUUAGCUUGUCUUAACGGUAAGCAGUCUUAAUAAGUCUUAAUAAGACGCAUCGGCAAUGGGUUUGAGGCGCAUUAUCGCCUUGGCGCAUGGCGAGCGGUGAAGUUUCUAGUUUCUUGGUUUCGUUGUCUUUGUUUUCUCCCCACACGCUUUCCGUCUUUUCGUCUAGCUCGGGCACUUUUGUGUUUUGUAUGACGGUCAGGGGAUCACAACAGAAAAUCAAGACCUCAAGGUGAGAGCGCAGCUGGUUUAACAGUGGGGAAAUCUCGUCGCGUCAACAACACAUUGUCGAAUAUGGAUAAUAAACCUCUCCUGCAAGACAAGCCCCCUGCUUAUAACACCAUUCCGGGGGCAUAUGAAUAUGGGGGUCCUCCACAAAAUUAUGGAGCUAUCCCAGCGUCUGCUCCGCCACCACCAGCUGGAUUUCAGCAGCCACCACCACCUUAUCCGUAUCCUGCUGGCCAGGCCUACCCAGCUGUGCCAGGCCCUGUGCCACCUGUGUCCCAGCAGCCCAACUACGCCAACACGUACACCAUCAUCCAGCCCUCUGUGGUGGUGGUAGGGGGCUGUCCUGCUUGCAGGGUGGGUGUUCUGGAGGACGACUUCACCUGUCUGGGCAUCCUGUGUGCCAUCUUCUUCUUCCCCAUUGGCAUCCUCUUCUGCCUCGCCCUGCGCCAGCGCAGAUGCCCAAACUGUGGCACCACCUUCGGGUAGAAGGCCGUGCCAGCCAGGGACCAAAUGGAGCAGGAGUGGGCAGGGCUUGGAGUUGGGUGUGUUGAAUGGUUGGUGGGCUGGUCGGUGAUUAUUCUCACCACUAAUACCACCACCAACACCACCACCACCACCACCCUCCUCCUCCUGCCCUCUCUUGUCCAUGUUGUUUUUUGUCCAUCUUUCAUCAAUCAUAUUUGCACACCAGUUAAAUGCCAUACAUAAAAAAUACAAACAAAGCAACAAAUACGUCUAUCGAUAAUGAAGAGAAUCAUAUUUUAACGUGCAUGUGAUAACAUGUUAAUUUUUCCCCCCAAUGACGACAAACGACGAGACAAUGCUAAUUAUUGACGACGUGUAUUGAUGAUUAGCUUCCCCAGUCCAGACCUCUCUCAUUCAAUCAUCGGUGCCUUUAUUAAGUCUGUGAGUAUGAUGUGACGUGCGUGCAUGAGUGUGCGUGUGUGUAUAUGAACGGAGCUGACCACCUGUGCUCCAAGCAGCUGGAUGAUGACUUUACCUUCUCAUCAUACCUUGUUCAAGUCAGGCAAGGCGGCUGGAGAGGAACUCUUGCUGCUCAUCACACCACACUGGACUGAACGGAAAAUAAAAACAAGCAAGAUGGAGACCAUGACACCAGUUUUUUCCUCUAGCCCCCCCCUCUUUUCAAGACAUGUGCAGGUCACUCUGGUUGACGCAGUUAUGUUAACCAUUGCUGCUUAGCCGUGCAUUGUGGGAAAAGGGAACAAUCUAGAAGGUGACAUGUCACAUGACAUGUCUCCCUGCUGUUUGAAGGACUCGUGGCCAACAUGAUGAAUACGGAAACAAUCAUGCAGUUCACAACGGAUAGAACUAAGCCUGCUCGUCCCUUUCGAACUUUCAUUCACCCCCUCUCUUUCCCAAAAUCCUGAUUUCUUUAUGUUUCACAUUUUAAUUUAGUAAUCUUCAUAUACUGAUUCACCACUGACUGCUAUGGCAUUGGUGCUGUAUUAUCCGCAGUCCUUUUUAUACGAGUCAGUUGGCUAUGUUAGAUGCUGUCUAUAUUGCACCAAGUUUAUACACAAAUAUGUGUUUUUUCCUUCCUCAGAGACGGUGAUUCUUGCCCGUUUCAUAUGUUUUGGGGGCCAUAAUUAUCCUUGCACUGCACUGAUUUUUUGCAUUUUAGAAAUGGGAUGAUGAACCUGUGCAUUUUGUAUGAAAUGAAUGAUGUUUUGUCUCUUCGUAAUGUAUGUAGCCUUCAGGUAAGCAGCGCAGGCUGUGUUGUGCUUAGGCUCUGCUGGCCUCAGAGAGUUGGCAAACAAAAAUUUAAAACACCUAAGUUGCAAUAAAAGUUUUUUUUUUAAUCAUGCCAAGGCUGCAUGCCAGAUAAGUUUCAAUGCACACAUUUUUUUCUUGCUUUUUGUUAAAUGGUGUAUACAGAAGCUUAUUUUUUAUUUUGGUAAUGACUGUAAAAUGUGCUAUGUUAAUUAUGUUAUCAAUUGAGAAAUGUCUUACUUUUUCUGUCACUACUGUCCUCUCCCACUGCCCCUGUCUCACUCCCUGAGAGUUUGAGUGGAUGAGUGUGUAAGCAAGGCUUGCUUAUCAGAAACUUUAAUGAAAGGAUAUUUUACCCCCGCUCCACCAUGUCCCUUUCAGCAAAAAAAGCAGUGCAUGCCAUCACGAUUGAUCGGUUUGCACUUUUUAUAUGAGAGAUAUACUGUAAAUAAAAAUAUGCGAGUGCAUCCUUGAA